AUGUCAUCCGCAGACCUUCUCAUCACCGGUGCUACCGGCUUCAUUGGCUUCAAAGUCCUCCUCGGAGCCCUCCAGGAGGGGUACACGGUGCGAGCUGCUGUUCGCUCCUCCGAGAAAGGCGAAACACUGGCCUCGCACCCCAAGAUCACUGCGUCAAACAAGGCGGACAAUCUGUCCUUGAUCGAGGUUCCAGACAUCACCCGCGACGGCGCGUACGAUGAGGCUAUCAAAGGCGUGACCUAUGUCAUUCACCUCGCGUCUCCUCUCCCCUCACCAUUCCUAGACCCGCAGACUGGCAUUUACGAACCAAACAUCAAGGGUGUCAGCACCCUCCUGGUCUCCGCAUCCAAGGAGCCAUCAGUGAAGAAGGUGGUCAUUACGUCUUCAGUCUUCGCAAACACACCCUUCCCUCCCGACCCCAGCCAGGAAAUCACAGCCGAGACCAGGGUGCCGGACCUGCCGGGCCCUUUUGACUCGAUCCUCCCCGCAUACAGUGCCGGCAAGAUCGGAGCGCUGAACUUCACCGAGCGGUUCAUCAACGAGAAAAAGCCGUCCUUCACCGUGGUCAAUGUCUUCCCCGGUUUCGUCUUUGGCCGCGAUGACCGGGCCCUAGAUGCCAAGGAGCUCUAUGCUGGAACCAAUCGCAUCCUGCUAGGAGCCAUCACUGGCCAGUCUGCCCCUAACCCUAUGCCAGCAGGCGCCACCCAUGUGGAUGAUGCUGCCAAGGUGCAUCUAGCUGGAUUGAAAGAGGGCAUGUCCGGGAAUUUUGGUGUCACCACGGUCCACGACUUCAACGAUGCUUGGACCGCCGUCCAGAAGCACUUUCCCGAGGCUGUUGCGGACGGCACAUUCAAGCAGGGAAAUCAGCCGACUGUACCCGUCAAUUGGAAUGCGCAUCAGACCGAGAUUGAUCUGAACUUCACUUUCAAGACGUAUGAGGACAUGGUUGUUGACGUUGCCGGCCAGUACCUUGAGCUCUCUGGCAAGAAGGCUUAA